UCAGAAUGUACUGACCACAGUAUCGCUUAAACCGCAACCCGAGCACCAGAUUCCGAACGAAAGGAAAAAAAAGGUCUCACACCACACCACACUACUCGCGCUCCAAAGCCUUCUUCUUCUCAAAAAUUCACACACUCUUUUCUCUCUACCUACAUCAACAACAGCAACACACACACACACUCUCUCUCUCUCCUAGAUUUUCUCGCUCUAGAUUAAAUUUUUUUUUUUUUUGCAUGUAGCUUGGUGUUCUUUCUCUGACCAAAAUUUUCUUUUGUGGUUUUUACCCAAAAAAGAAAAAAAAAAGAAGUUUGGUUCAAAUUUUAACUGAACCAUGGAGGUUUUUACAGAGGCUUUGUAGUAGUACAUUAUUGUUUUUACCGGAAGUAGCUUCAGAAUCAGAGAGGGUUUCUUGCUUUCUCGUCUGGGAGAGCUUGGAAACCUCAACUUUGCACAAAGCUAGAGAUUACAGAGAAAUGGAUGGGGAUGCUUCUGGUGUUGAGGGUGACAACUGUGACUGGAACAGUGAAGACGAGCGGGAAAUUGAUGACUUCUCUUUAUCUUCUUCUUCAAGUUUGACACCUCCAAAUGACGAAACUGUUACUGGCUCUGGGGAGGCAAGCUCAUCUGCUGGUUCCUCCAACUCCAAAUUAUUUGAUAAGUUCAUAGGGAUGGGCUUUACUGAAAAGAUGGUUGCAAAAGCAAUUCAGGAAAAUGGAGAGGACAAUACAGAUUCAAUUCUAAAUACACUCCUUACAUACUCGACUCUUGAAACAUCUCCUCAAGAACAGCAACAUAUUGAUUCUGAUAAUUACUCUUUGGAUUGCGAUGGGAGCUUUCUGGAUGGUUUCUCUGAUGUUGACAGUUGGUCUGACAAUGAGGAAAUCACAAAUACUGUGUUUGAUGAGGAUAAUAAAUUGUCAUCCUUAAUGAGUAUGGGGUACACAAGAGAUGAGGCUUCAAUAGCAAUGGAGAGAUGUGGUCUCAACGCAUCGCUUGUGGAGUUGACAGAUUUUAUCUGUGCUGCUCAAAUCUCUAAGGUAGAGGAUGCUCAUCUGCCUGUUGAAGAAAAGCCGAGGCCUAAGCUUCCAUGCAUAGUUUCCGCUAAGCUCAAGAAAAGAAAACAGUAUGAUUAUGAGAUGUGGAAAAGAAAAAAGCAGGCGCACCUUGAUGAUGAUGAAACAAUUCGUCUCCCGAAUCCAAUGAUUGGAUUUGGUGUCCCUAAUGAAUCACACCCUACAAUUCAUAGAACACUCCCAGAGGCAGCUAUUGGACCUCCCUAUUUCUAUUAUGAGAAUGUGGCGCUUGCUCCUAAAGGCGUUUGGACCACUAUUUCACGGUUCCUAUAUGACGUGGAGCCAGAAUUUGUUGAUUCAAAAUAUUUUUGUGCUUCUGCUAGGAAAAGGGGCUAUGUUCACAAUCUUCCAAUCCAAAACAGGUUUCCUCUCCUUCCACUUCCACCACACACCAUUCAUGAGGCAUUACCCUUAACAAGGAAAUGGUGGCCUUCAUGGGAUGAGAGAACAAAGUUGAAUUGCUUACAAACUUGUAUUGGUAGUGCAAAACUGACAGAGAGGAUCCGAAAGGCACUUGAAGACUAUGAUGGUGAACCACCUCUAAGAGUUCAAAAGUAUGUACUUGAUGAAUGUCGAAAAUGGAAUCUGGUCUGGGUUGGGAGGAAUAAGGUUGCCCCACUUGAACCUGAUGAAGUAGAAAUGCUUUUGGGGUUCCCAAGGAACCACACAAGGGGAGGUGGAAUAAGUCGAACUGAUAGAUAUAAAUCACUUGGUAAUUCAUUCCAGGUUGACACAGUAGCAUACCAUCUCUCAGUCUUGAAAGACAUGUUCCCAGGAGGCAUCAAUCUUCUCUCUCUUUUCUCUGGGAUAGGUGGUGCAGAAGUAGCCCUACAUCGACUUGGUAUCCCUUUGAAGAAUGUUGUGUCGGUUGAGAUUUCAGAAGUAAAUAGAAAUAUUGUCAGGAGUUGGUGGGAGCAAACAAACCAGAAAGGGAAUUUGAUUGACCUUGCAGAUGUGCAGCAGCUAAAUGGUGACCGGUUGGAGCAGUUGAUGAACUCAUUUGGUGGAUUUGAUCUUGUAGUUGGUGGGAGCCCAUGUAAUAAUCUUGCAGGUAGCAACAGGCAUCAUCGAGAUGGACUUGAGGGUAAAGAGUCUGCACUCUUCUAUGAUUACUUUCGUAUUCUAGACUUGGUCAAGAAUUGGUCAAAUGUAUCAUGACAAAAAAUCAAUGAAUUUUUUGUAAAGGGGCUUUCUCUCUUAAGUUAAACAUGACCUGCCAAAAUCUUUUUAAGCUUCUGAUUGUUUCAAUGGAAGGAAUUAUUAGUAAAGGAAGGUAAAAGUUAUUGACCGGAUA